GGCUGAGGCGUAGCAAAGAACGGAUGGAUGACGAGAGAAGUGUGAAAAGAAAAAGGCUACUUUUCUUGAGAAUAUUAAACGAAUGAGAGCAGUGAGCGUGAGGGAUACUGAUAUGAUAAAGAGCAAAGUGCUGGUGGUCUGGUGUGGCUCCUCUGUUCGCUCACCAAGAGUGGAUGUUAGUAUUUCUUCUUUCAGUUAA